AUGGACUAUGGUUACAGCUGUGGAUUUGGCAGUUUUCACAGAUUGGGCUAUGGCUAUGGCUAUGGAGGCUGUAAAUAUAGUUGUGUCUACAGAGGCUAUGGAGAUGGCUGCUCUUACCCAUCAUGGUACAGAGGAUAUGGAUUCACUGGCUUCUAA